AUGAAGCUCUCGCUCUUCCUCUCUGCUAUCGGGGUUUCCGGUACCCUUGCCGACUUUACCGUCUUCAUGACACAUCACACGUCUCCAGCAACCGACUUCAAGAACUACCAAAUUCACGAUGCAACUCCCAGGACAUGGGACGAGAUGAAAAAGAUGAAGCGUUGGGCCGAAAAAUCAGACGUCAGCGGCAGUAAGGUCGGUGUUCGCUGCAAGGGAAGCGGUUGCGGAUACAUGGGUCCAGUUCGCGACAUUGAGCAACUGGAGAUGCACUUCACCAAUAACCCCCUCUACCAUUGGACUAUCUACAAGGACCGUAAUUGGGGCAUGUAUGGACGCGACGGUGUUAAAUACGGUGAAUGUGAGAUUACCACUGGUAAUGACUUCACUGUCGUCAGCGAGAACGAUAAGGUUGUUGGUCACCGCAAGUUCAAAUGCCGCACACGCUUUACUGCUGCGCAGAUAGCCAGUAGAAACUGA